AACUAUGUCAUUCAUGUUUUCAGGGUCCCACCAUGAAGUUCAACCCUGCCGUGUCCAGCGAUUCAGGCAAAAACCGAAAGCAGCACUUCAAUGCUCCCUCUCACGAGCGAAGGCGCAUCAUGUCAGCUCCACUCACAAAGGAGCUUCGUGUGAAACAUGGAAUUCGAUCCAUUCCCAUCCGUGUUGAUGAUGAAGUAAUCGUCAUGCGAGGACGUCACCGCGGAAAUACUGGCCGUGUGAUCCGAUGCUAUCGCAAGAAGUUCGUCAUUCACAUCGACAAAAUUACGCGCGAGAAAGGCAACGGAUCCACUGUGCACAUCGGAAUCCACCCUUCGAAGGUCGCACUCACAAAGCUGAAGCUUGAUAAGGAUCGCCGUGACCUUGUUGAAAGGAAAGCCGCUGGACGCGCAAAGGCUCUCGGAGUGCUCAAGGGAAAGCACACUGAGGAGAGCGUUGCUUAA